AUGCUGUUGGCCCAGGGUGUAUCAAUAACGACGAUAGCGGGGGUUGUCGAGGAGGAGGAUUACGCCAAUAGCGAAGCUCACAGCGGACAGUACGACGGCUACGUGACCGAUCAUACAGAUCUUGGUUCGGAAAUAGAUAUAGAUGAAUCCGAGUAUCGUCGUGAACUCCUUAAUGACAGAUGGCGAAUGCUGUUCGACAAGUUCGAUCCAGAGGGUUUUGGCGAGAUACCUCGAGACGAUUUCCUUCGGGCACUGGCAAGCAGCGAAUGGAAAUCCGAAAUACCAGCCAACAAGAGGGAUAUACUGUUGACCCGGAUCAAAGAGUCCUACGUAGAUGCAAUUACGUUUCAAGAUUUUGUCAAUGUGCCAAAAACCGAUGGAAUUUCGCCACUGGACAAUAAAGCCCUAGGUUUGAUGGAGCUCCUAAAGUAG